AAAUAACCUUAAUUUUCAAAAAAUUAUUUACAAAAAAUUGCACAACUUUAAUCCACAUUUUGUAUUCGUCCCCAUUUUACAAUAUAAAUUUAAGUGACAGAUAAGGCUAUAAAAUCCAACAACCAUCAACUAACAAGUCCAGUCUACGCACAUCUUCAAGCAAAUUAGACAAAAUCCCCUCAGUUAUAACCCUAGAGGUGUAAAUCUUAAGAUUCCUACUAAAAAACACUCGAAAAACAAUAAAACUCACUCAAGAAUGUCUCGCAAACAGGACUUAUGUCAAGAAGUGAUCUUUAACGAAUAUUUUAACCAGAUGUUUGAUGAAACGGUGGCCCCAGUUCAACUAGACACCUCUGAAGCUGACGAGCCUAAAACCCCAAAAACCCAAUGGAUCUCUGAGAAGUCUGAUGGUAAAUUGGCAUGUUCUUACUGCCAAGUGAUCUUUCCGGAUGUCCAAGUGCAAAGGGAGCAUUACAAGCUGGACUGGCACAGGUACAACUUAAAACAAUCUUUGGGUGAAAAAUCAUCCGUCACAGAAGAGGAAUUCAACCAAAAAACUGCCAACGAUGACAUAUCAAGCAUAUCCGGUUCUGACAGUGAGGAGGAGGAGAACAGUUUGGACACUUAUGCCACCGCCCAAGGUAAAAUGUUCUUAAAAAACAAAUCUGGACAAAUAUUCUCUUUAUACAAAUGCAUCUUUAUAUCCAAUAAGAAACAGGAGGUUAGUGAAAUAAAUUAUUAUAAAAAAUUUAAAGAGACAUGCCAGGACAACAAACAAUGGACAAUUUUAAUGCUCGGGGGAGGGCACUUUGCUGGGGCAGUCUUUGAUUAUCUCACCCCAGUGGUGCAUAAGACAUUUCAUUGUUAUACAGUUAGGGCAGGACAAGGAGGCUCCCAAUCAAGUAAAGAUGGCAAGUCUGGAGGCUCCCACCCAAAGAGUGCUGGGGCAUCACUACGUAGAUAUAAUGAACAAGCUCUGGUGGAUCAUGUAACAAAAAUCCUUUCAAGCUGGAGCGAGGAGAUUAAAAAAAGCAGUUUAGUGUUCUUUAGAGCCUCAGGUCCAUACAACCGAGGGGUUCUUUUUGGUGGUAAAGAGCCCUUGCUAGACCGGACAGAUCCUAGAUUAAGGCCAAUUCCCUUUUCUACUGGCAGGGCAACUUAUGCAGAAGUGAAAAGGGUACAUUUUGAAUUAUGUACUGCCUCAGUGUAUGGCUCUUUAAGUGAAGCGGUAUCACAGUUUGCACAACAAAAAACUCCUGAAAGAGAUUCUAGGAGGGGCAAAGUGAGGACAAUUAACAGGGCCAAGUCCAGGGAGGUGGUCGAGAGGCCUCUGCCAGGUGCACCAAGUGAAAGCAACAGCGAUGAUGAACAAGAGGCAAAUAUUGUUAGUGCACUUCUGGAGGUGUCUUUUGAGGGAUUAGAAGAGUUUACGGACAGCUUAACCCCUGAACAAAGAAGCUUAAGAAAGAAAAAACCUAAAAAAAGCAAAAACCAAAAGCUAAAAGAAAAAGAAGAGGCAAGAAAAAAGAAUCUGAUAGAUAUAGCCAGCAAGGGUAAUGUUUUACUUCUGGAGGAAGUCCUCAACGAGAGACUUAAGACUUUUGACCACAUGUCCAAAGAAAGUGUUGCUCAAGAGUGCUUCAAUGAAGCGCUAGACAAUGACGGCAACAGUUUUCUACAUUUGGCCGCCAUGAACGAACACGAAGAUCUCCUCCAAUACCUUCUAAAUAACCAAGCGGAUCCAUGCUUAAAAAACAAAAACCAACACACCCCUUACACCUGCACCACCAGCAAACUAUCCAGAGAAGUGUUCAAGAAAUUCGCCAAAGAGAACCCUGACAAGUAUAAUUAUAAUAAAGCGCACAUCCCCACGAACGCCCUGACGGAAGAAGAGUUGGCCGAAAAAAAGCGGGCCCAAAGAAAAGUGAAACGCGUCAAAGAAAAGGAGAAGAAAAAAGAGAACCACUUGAAGCAGCAAGAGGAGGACCACAAGCAGAGAUUCCUGAACCUCAGCGAUAGAGAGAAAAGGGCGUUGGCGGCCGAGAGGCGCAUUAUGAACGUUCAAGGGAAAGUUAUCGCCAGGUGCUUCCUUUGCGGGGUCGACAUAGCAGGCAAAGUUCCCUUCGAGUAUUUGGAUAAUAGGUUUUGUUCCAUUGACUGUUUGAAGGGCCAUAGGAUGAAAAGUACACAGAAAGUUUAAUUUUUAAGUUGUAAAGUUUUUAUUAAAUUGUUUUCUUUUUUU